UUGGAGAUUUCCAUCAUGGCGGCUUCCAUUUCGGGCUACACCUUCAGCGCUGUGUGUUUCCACAGCGCCAACAGCAACGCCGACCACGAAGGAUUUUUGCUGGGAGAGGUAAGACAAGAGGAAACCUUUAGCAUCAGCGACUCCCAAAUCAGCAGCACAGAACUUCUGCAAGUCAUUGAAAUCCAUAACCAUCAGCCUUGUUCAAAACUUUUUAGUUUUUAUGACUAUGCAAGCAAAGUUAAUGAAGAGAGCUUGGACAGGAUUCUUAAAGAUCAGAGAAAGAAAGUUAUUGGGUGGUACAGAUUCCGGCGAAACACACAGCAGCAGAUGUCGUACAGAGAGCAGGUUAUUCAUAAGCAGCUCACCCGCAUCCUUGGGGUGCCUGACCUCGUCUUCCUUCUCUUCAGCUUCAUCUCCACUGCCAACAAUUCCACUCAUGCUUUAGAAUACGUUCUCUUUAGACCAAAUCGAAGGUAUAAUCAAAGGCUAUCCCUUGCUAUUCCCAAUCUAGGCAACACUAGUCAGCAAGAGUAUAAAGUGUCUUCAGUGCCAAAUACUUCUCAGAGUUAUGCCAAAGUUAUUAAAGAACAUGGUACUGACUUUUUUGACAAGGAUGGAGUAAUGAAAGACAUCAGGGCGAUUUAUCAGGUUUAUAAUGCACUUCAGGAGAAAGUGCAGGCAGUGUGUGCAGACGUAGAAAAAAGUGAGCGAAUUGUUGAAUCUUGUCAGGCAGAAGUGAACAAAUUAAGAAGACAAAUCACUCAGAGGAAGAAUGAAAAGGAACAAGAAAGAAGAUUGCAACAGGCAAUGAUAAGCAGACAGAUGUCAUCUGAAAGUCUGGACCCCACGUUCAGCCCUCGGAUGCCCUAUCCUGGGUUUGCAGCUGAAGGUAGAAGUGCACUUGGAGACACAGAGGCCUCGGAUCCUCCUCCCCCUUAUUCUGAUAUUCACCCAAAUAAUCAAGAAAGUACUCUGAGCCAUUCUCGCAUGGAAACUAGCGUCUUUAUGCCUCGACCUCAAGCCGUGGGCUCCUCCAAUUAUGCCUCCACUAGUGCUGGACUGAAAUAUCCUGGAAGUGGGGCAGAUCCUCCUCCUCCCCAAGGAGCAGCUGGAGACAGUGCUGAGGAAUCAGACGACAGUGAUUAUGAAAACUUGAUUGACCCUACAGAGCACUCUAAUAGCGAAUACUCACAUUCGAGGGAUUCUCGACCCAUGAUGCAUCCCGACGGGGGCUCCAGGAACACUCAGACCUCCCCAAUUUAACUAAACAAAAGAAACUCUCCACUUAGCAGUGUUAAUUGCUUAUUGAGAGAGUUUUUUGAGGACUUAAUCUGGGGAGAGAACUUCUUUCUCAGACCCCUGGACUCCCCAGGGCAAGCGCUUUUGGGCACAGAACUUGUAAGAGCCUCACGUCCACGGGUCCUCGCCUGCAGACUCAGUGUGCAGGUUUCACGACAGAACCAUUAAGAUAAUCAAAUUGUCCUAAUUCUGGUGCGAUUCAUGGAUGUACUGGUAAAUAUAGGCAAAGAGAA